AUGAGCACAUGGUUCUUGUUGGACAUAGCCUUCUAUAGCCAAAACCUAGCUCAGAAGGAUAUAUUUCCGGUUAUGGGUCUCACCAAUAAAGAUAUUAAUGUCAGUGCUCUCAGAGAGGUGUUCGAGACUUCACGUGCCAUGUUCGUGGUUGCCUUGCUCGGAACCUUCCCCGGCUACUGGUUCACCGUGGUUUUCAUAGAAAGCAUUGGCCGGUUCUACAUUCAGCUAAUAGGGUUCUUGAUGAUGUCUGUCUUCAUGCUUAUUAUGGGGAUCCAAUAUGAAUACCUUAAGAAAGAGGAGCAUAAAUGGAUUUUUGCAUCUUUAUAUGGACUGACCUUCUUCUUUGCCAAUUUCGGUCCGAACAGUACCACUUUCGUGCUUCCGGCGGAGCUGUUUCCGACGCGGCUGAGGUCCACGUGUCACGCAUUGAGCGCUGCGGCCGGGAAAGCCGGGGCGAUGAUUGGUGCGUUCGGGGUGCAGAGCUACACAUUGAGUGGGAACCCUAAAAAAAUUAAGCAUGCCAUGAUGGUGCUGUCAUUCACAAACAUGCUAGGGUUUUGUUGCACAUUCUUGGUGACCGAGACUAAAGGGCGAUCGUUGGAGGAAAUCUCAGGGGAGGAUGGCAGCAAGAAUGAAACUCAUAAGACCAACAGACUGGCCGUCAGUGAGUAG